CGAUGCACGCGUUCCGCGCCGCCGUGAGCGCCCCCAUCCGGGGCGCGCUCGCCGCGAACUCCCGCACCGUCGGGCGUUCGACGUCCCGUCGCUCCGUCGCGACGCGCGCGGCGUCGUCCAUUCACGACUUCACGCUCAAGACCCUCGGCGGGGGCACGAGAGAAUCCCCCGUCGACGGCGCGGCGCUCCCGCUGUCGCAGUUCAAGGGCAAGGUCGUUUUGAUCAACAACGUCGCGACCAUGUGAGGCACGACCGUCAGGGACUUCAUUCAGUUGAACGCCCUGGCGGAGAAGUACGGCGACGACCUCGUCAUCCUCGGCGUGCCCUCGAACCAGUUCGGCCAUCAGUGCUACGACAAGGACUUCGAGCUUCUCAACACGCUCAAGCACGUGCGCCCGGGGGACGGAUACGUCCCGAAGUUUACCAUCACGGAGAAGAUGGAAGUCAACGGGGAGAACGAGCACGCGUUCUGGACGUACCUGAAGUCCUGCAUCCCGUACCCCGCGGACGACCGCGGCGGCACCGGCGCGGAUUUCAUCUACCAGACGCAGCCGAACUCGAUGCCGAUCCAGUGGUCGCCCGUGCGGCGCUCGGACGUGACGUGGAACUUUGAGAAGUUUCUCAUCGGGAAGGACGGCGUCCCGGCGAAGCGGUUCUCGCCCAAGCUCGAGAACGCGGCGCUGACCGCGGACAUCGACGCGCUCAUCAAGGCGUAAUCGAGUCGUUCGCGCGUCGACGGCCUCGACGGCGCCCGGGGCUCGGGGACGGCAGCUUUUCUUUCAGCACUUCGUCGAAAGAGAAAAGUGAAAAAAUAAAAGUUCCCGCGCGAUCGGGGACGAGCGAGCGCGCGCGCGUUCGCCACGUGACGAGCGACGAGUUAAACGCCGGAUACGCGUCCGGUUUUCGUCGCUUCGAUGCACGCGAACGCGCGACGCGCACGUCCCCGCCCAUCGCACCCCGGGCGACGCGGUCGAUUAAUUCAAUCAACGUGUAACGCACGAUUAAUAAGCUCGUACGAGUACUCGUACAACC